AUGGCAACAGAAGGCAAUAGCAACGAUUCUGAAUUACGUUUAUUACGAUAUCUAUAUGUUGGAAAAGAUUAUCCCAAUUACCAGCCUGGAUAUUGGUUUGCCCAUCAUUACUUUAUAGUCAGGAAUGUUCUAGCCAUAGAAGAACUUGCUGAAAAUGAGGAAAAACAAUUGGUACCUAUUGAACUGAUCACAAAGGCAUUUGAGAGUAAUUUAGUUACACAUCCCGAGGCUUUGGUGUUUGCCCUCGCUGUUUGCUGCAGACAAAAUAAAAGCGAGAAACUACGUCAUGCAGCAUACGAAAGUGUAAAAAAGAUCUGUGCGUCUACUCCAAAUUUUAUUCUGUUUGUUAAAUUUGUUUCUAAACUAUGCAGAGAAAAAGAAUUGAAUUACAUUACACAAGGUUGGGGCCAUGGCUUGAGAAAAGCUAUUAACAAUUGGUACCUAUCUAAAAACCCAUUAGAUUUCAUAGAGUGUGUCACAAAAUAUAAAAGUAGAUAUGGUUGGAAACACAAAGAUAUUGUGAAGAUGGCUCAUCCUCUAGGCGAUUCUCCAGAAAGUAAAAUGAUCCUGAAGUAUAUAAUACACGGCUUGGAAAAGACCAAAAAGGAUAUAGCUGAUCAAGUAGAAUUACCUUCUAAUAUCGUUGACCUACUGAAAUAUAUGGAAGAGAUUGAAGAUUUCAAACAUUGUGAAGAUGAGAUUCGAGCUGCUUCUAUGCUGGAAACAUGCGGUUUCUCAUUAGAUCAUGUACCUGGUCAUUUGUUAAAAUCCAAGGAGGUUUGGAAUUCAUUGCUAAUGUCAAUGGAUGUUAUUGCGCUUCUAAACAACCUGCAAAGGAUUCACAAUCUUGGAUUUCUCGUUAUUAAUGAACCAGCAGUCGAGAAAGUAACAGAACGACUUACGAAUUCAGAAUACAUUGAAAAAAGUGCAGUUCAUCCGGCAUUAAUUUUUAUUACUCUUAAAAAUUAUCAAUGUUCCGGAAAAUGUCUGACCUAUGAAAAGCGAAAAGUUCGAGAAUUAGCAAGGAGGUCUAUACCGCCAGGAUUUAAUCCAAAUAUCAAAAUAAUGGACGCUCUAAACGAAGCAUUCCAUCUAUCAUUUAAAAAUAUACAACCUACAAAUUUGCGCUACCUUGUGACAAUCAGCACAAACAAAUCAAUGGAAGCAAGCACUUGGCAAAAUGGUAAUAUGACCGGCCUUGAGACAGCUGCUUUGAUGGCACUGAUACUUUUACGUUCCGAAGAGAACGUUACCAUAGCGACAUACAGGAACGUCGGAAUUCAUCCAGUUAAUGUUUUCAAAACUGAUUCUUUCGAAGAUAUUUUGAAAACCUUAAAAAUGGUAUCUCUAGGAAGUACCAAUUCGAGUAAACCAAUUUUUUGGGCCACCGCACGAUCUAAACAGUUCGAUGUCUUUAUUAACAUUAUGGAUCAAAUAUUGCAAAAACAUGAUGAAUCCCAGGAAAGGCUAAAAUCUUAUAAAGAGGAUCUAAAUCUUCCUGAUACAAAACUAAUCACUUGCGCCUUAUGCUCUUCUUCACCAUAUCGUAGAGAACACUAUGACCGACAUGUCUUGACGAUCAACGGUUUUGAUGCUACCGUACCUAAUGUCAUUCAGGCGUUCGUAAAGGGUUUAUUUUAGAUAAGAUUCUUCAAAACAUGUUUCUUCGAAAAGUCACAAAUGAUCAAUUAAGAAGAAAAUUUUAUCGUCUUAAAGCAUUGUUUCGAUCUGAAAAUGAAGAAGAAAGAAGAAUAUGGCAGUUUCGGAAGUCAGUGAUGAGAAUUUAUCUCGUUAGAACAGAUUUUUCUUCAAAGCUGAAUUGAUUAAUGAGCACACUAAUGCAGAAAGUGAGCGAAGAAAAAAAGUUAUAGAAAGAGCUUUCAGAAAUUACUUAAAAUAGUGCCGAAUUUUGGAAUUCAAACUGUCUCGCCUUUUUCAUCAGUUCCAAACAUCGGCUUGGUUGCAUAUCCAUGACUGAAUCAAAUUAUAUUUAAUUGUGCUAUCCGUUAAUUUUUUUGAGAUAUAUCCA